UUUCUUCUUCAGAUUCUGUGGUGUCUACGUCUGCCUCUGACUUCCUCCUUAGAGAAAGCGCGCUUUCAGCAAGGCGGCGUGCCGUAAACGCUCACACAUCUCCUUCAAAGCAGCUUCGCUCCAACCUGUGACCCGAGGAAUGCAGAGAGGAACGAACAGAUAGACAACAGGAGUUAGUUAGGAAUAACUGAGAAGUGAUAGACAGAGGGGGAGUGCGUACGGGCAAGAGGCAACGUGUUGGGCUGGAGGAAAAAACUCAGAAAAAAAACCAAGAAGACUGACAGGAAGGAGGAAGUGAGAGAGGCAGAAUGAGAGACGCUACAAUGAGGGGCUAAAAAUAUGUAUACGUCUAAAAAGUGUACAAAGUUGUGCAAACCUGUGUGUGUGUUUGUAUGUGUGUGUGUGUGUGUGUGUGUGUGGUUAGAUAGACAGUGACAUUCUCCUGAUUAGUAAACAUGUCUCUGAAGCUGCCUCGCAACUGGGACCUAACCACACUCCGGGGUGAAAGUACCAAAAUAGCAAGAUCUAAGAGCGUGAUCCCGGGAGACGGAGGCGUGGGGUCGGCCCAAUCGGACAUCAAGAGGUCGAUGGAGAAACCCCUGAAGAAAGGCUGGCUGAAGAAGCAGAGGUCCAUCGUGAAGAACUGGAAGCCGUGCUACUUUGUGCUCAGGGGGAACGUCCUGACGUACCAUAAAGACGACAGAGAGAGCGCCGUGCAGGGGACGAUCCCGCUCGGGUCCAGUAAAGUGAGGGAGCUGCCGUCAAACACGGACGACAAAUUCAUCUUCGAGAUCGUUCCACGAAGUAAUGGCGAUCGGGAACAUGAUAGUUAUGUUCUCAUGGCAAGCAGUCAAAGUGAGAUGGAGGACUGGGUGCGUGUGAUCCGCCGGGCCAUCGGGGCUCAGGGCAGCGGAGUGUUUGGGAAGAGUCUGGUGGACAUCAUGGCCUACGAGAAGAAGCUGGGGCCUCGCUUGGUGCCCAUGCUUGUGGAGAAGUGUACCGAGUUCAUCAGGAAGCACGGACUGGAUGAGGAAGGCAUCUUCCGCCUGCCUGGGCAGGAGAACCAAGUCAAACACUUCAGAGAGGCUUUUGACGCUGGAGAGAGACCUUCAUUUCCUGAUGACACAGAUGUCCACACAGUGGCGUCUUUACUCAAGCUGUACCUGCGUGAGCUGCCUGAGCCGGUCGUGCCAUGGACUCAGUAUCAGGACUUUCUGGACAGUAGCAUCAACCUGGACGCUACGACGGCGGCGGGGAAAGAGAAGCUGGAGAAACAGAUCAGCUUGCUUCCUAAAGUCAACUACAACCUCCUGAGUUACAUAUGCAGGUUCCUGUUUGACGUGCAGCAGCACUCGAAGGUGAACAAGAUGAGCGUGGAGAACCUGGCCACGGUGAUGGGGGUGAACCUGUUCAAACCGCAGGUGGAGGACGCGUUCAGCAUGAUGAAGGGGACGCCGAUGAUCCAGAAGGUGAUGACGGUGAUGAUCAGACACCAUGAACUUCUCUUCCCCGCCUCCAAAGACACUGCUCCUUCUCCUGCUCCUGCUGCGAAGAAACUGAAGAGCAAAAAAGCAGCAAAUCCACGCAAUUUUGUGGGCUGGGAGUCCGCAGAGUGUGAGAUGUCCUUAUCCGAGUCCCCAGAAGAAGAGGAAGUGGAUACAUUUGAGACCGAGAAAUCAGCAUCAAAGGUUACUCCAUCUUUGUCCCCUACAUCGCCGCCUCCGUUAGACAUAUUGAGCGUGAGCCCGAGGAAGCGUACACAGACUCUGCCCAGCCUGUCUGGCCCUCCUGGAUUUAGAACAUCCAGAGAACCAUCCUGUGAUCGCUGGAGCUACCUGCAGGAGACCCUAGAGGAGCAGGACGAAAAGACAUUCUCUGAGGACAUCUUCAAAAUCCUGGACCUUCAGAAAGUGACGCUCUUUCCAGGUAAACAGAACAGCAACGAUAUAGAUGAAGGAAAUAACACCAUCCAGGAAAGGAGACGGAGCAGCAACGGUGAAGUUAAACCAACAGAACCUCAGGCCAAGCCGAAAGAAAACUCAAAGCAGAGUUUACCGUCUCUGAGCAGGGUGGAUAUUGUGAAACUGCAGCCACAGAGCGUUACGCAGAAAAAGGAGGACAACGCAACUGAGCAGCAGCAACUUAUUACCAGUCUCCAGCAGAGGAACAACGAGCUGAGCGUGACCGUGGCCAAGCUCCAGGCGCAACUGGAGAACGAGCGGCGCAGUAAAGAGUUUCUGGAGAAUUCGUUACGUAACGCCGAGCGCAGCAGGGAUGAAGCACUGAGACGCAACGAGCAGCUGGAACGAGAGACCCAGGCAUUCAUGGGGAAAGCCAAACCGAAGUAAACAUGCGCUCGGACAGCUGACCAGGCCACUCAAGGACAGAUCUAUGCCGUCGGAUGCGGUCAACUGAUCCAGUGCGGAAUAUCUGUUGGUUUUCAAUAACCUUUUGGCUAUUUAUUUGGCAAUGCAUUGUAUUUAAAGUUAGAUUAUGGACAAUAAUAUAUGGAAUUAUUGAAUUUUUUUUAUUAGGUAUUCAUAAAUGUCGUAAACUUCACAGCGAGGUAACAUUUUAUCUCAACUAUCAGUGGAUUAUUUAUCGGCUGGUACCGAUAUCUUUCUAGGAAACAACGUUCACAAUUUUCCAUUUUCCACCAGACAAUUACAAGAAAUGUUAAACAAGGGCAAUUCCUGUGGUACUGAUACUGCUGGGAUUGAGAGACAAUAUUAAUGUGCUAGGUUUUAGAUUUUUGCUUUUUUAAGCCAAUAUACAAAUGCUCUAAAGUGUCUGGUGAUCCUGGACAGAAUCGAAUAGGAAAUUAUAAUUGCUUUUGGAUGUGAUGCGACCCGAGACUUUGACCUUUAACCCCAUAAAAAAAUUCUAAUAAAAUUCAGUUCACUAUGUGAA